UCAGCUGUUAAUACAAAAUGAAGUCAACGUGGCUCUACUGGUUGUUGGUGUUUUUCCUUUGCAAAAAAAGCACAGGAUUAGCUGAUUUUACAGUGAGUGUCGUAAAUGAACUAGGCAAUGCGAACGGUCAGAAUACUAGCAUUUUGGACAUUAAUGAUCCAAGCAGAUGUCCCAUUGAUCACGGUAUACAUACCAUACAGGUAGUGAACCUGGAACCCUUUGAAGUUUUCUGCGAUGCAAAGAUCGCGGGUCCUGGCUGGACUGUGAUCGCUCGCCGAACAAACGGACAGUUGAACUUCUUCCGGAACUGGGCGGAGUACAAGGGAGGAUUUGGUGACAUCGCAGGCGACUUCUUCAUAGGAUUGGAUAAGCUGCACGCCAUUACAAAGUCACAGAACCAAGAGCUAUACGUACACCUGGAGGAUUUCGUGGGGAACACGAGAUAUGCCAAAUACGAUGAGUUCCAUAUCGAAAGUGAAAACGAUCAAUAUCGAAUGUCCGCGUUGGGCAGAUUUACUGGAGAUGCGGGUGAUUCGUUGAGAGUCAGUCAGAACCAGAAAUUCACCACCUACGACAGGGACAACGAUCAAAGGGUGAAUGGUAAUUGUGCUGCGCAACAAAUGUGUCCCUGGUGGCACGACAGUUGUACCCUUAGUCAGCCUUUCGGCAUGUAUGUGGAUGGUAACGUGGAAAACAUGAAGUAUAAGGGGAUAUAUUGGUACCAUUGGGGCGGAUAUGCCUAUUCUUUUAAAGCAGUGCAAAUGUUGGUUCGUCCUAAGUAA